AUGCACAUCUAUGCCUAUUCUGGUUUUUGGAGAUCGUCCAAAACAAAAGGGUGGAAGUUUCUUGUUGAUGAAGAAACAGGAGGUAGAUUACUUACUUUGGACACAAGCAAAACCUUUGACAACCUAAGAGUUAUGGUUUGUGAGGACUUUGGAACCGAUCUAAACUUUGUCAAUAUCGAGCUGAGUUACUUACCUUCCGAUUUGGUGAUUGGCCUCGACUCACCACCUAUUUUCAUCACCAAUGAUCGACAACUGCAAAAUUUUCUUACAUAUGUGAAGACCAAAGCUUCAACAAGGUUAUGUGUGUGUAUUCGAUCUAAGGUCGGAUUUAACUUGAAUGAAGAGCCUGCUGAGUUGCCUAACAGAGAGGAAGUGGGUAUGUCGGGUGAAGUUUCAGAUGAUAUUGAUGGUGAAGCCGAGCUUGAAGAAGAAGAUGCGAAGAUAGAUGAAAGUGAUGAUGAAAACAAGUGUGAGAAAGAUAUGAUCAACGGAAAGUAUGUCCGUUUUUCUCUGGUUGAUGUUUUGAAGAAGGGUCAACAUUUUACUAGCAAAGCAGCUCUGCAGGUUGGCAAAACGGAUAGAAGAGUUUGGUACGUUCGUUGUGCGGAUGAUGAUUGUCGCUGGCGUGUUCGCGCAGAGGGAUUAACAGGUUCUUCAUAUUUUAUCAUCAAAAAGUAUGUACCUGAUCAUUCAUGUUCUCCAUCAUCAAGGAACCACUCUGUUCGGACCGCUUCAUCAAAAACAGUUGGUACUCUCAUUAAGCAUAAGUACGAAACUGUCAAGGAAGGGCCGAAACCUAAUGAUAUCAUCCAGUUUAUGCGUAAUGAUCAUGGAGUUGAGAUAUCCUACUCUUUAGCUUGGGAGGCACGUGAGUAUGUAGUAAAUGUUGUGAGAGGCAUUCCGGAGAAGGGUUAUGAAAAAGUUCCCAAAUACUUGCACAUAAUGAAGGAAGCUAAUCCAGGAUCACACACAUUUUACGAAACUGAUAGCAAUGGGAGAUUCAGAUUCCUCUUCAUCUCAUAUGGUCAGUCUAUUCGCGGUUUUUAUGCUGCCAUUCGGAAAGUUAUUGUUGUGGAUGGGACUUUCUUGAAGAGCAAAUACAAAGGAGUGUUACUGGUUGCUACUGCUUUGGAUGGAAACUCGAACCUAUAUCCUAUUGCAUUUGGAGUUGUCGACUCAGAGAAUGACCGCUCGUGGGAAUGGUUUAUGAGACAACUUAAUGUUGUCAUUGCUGAUGAUCAGGGUUUAGCUUUUGUGUCUGACCGGAAUACUUCACUUGCUAAAGCUAUUGCAAAAGUGUAUCCGCAUACUCAUCACAGAAUUUGCAUUCACCACUUGCUGAACAAUGUUGUUACAUAUUUCAAGGGUAAAGGAGUCGCUGGUUUGGUUGCAAAGGCUUCUAAAGCUUACCGAGUUGCUGAUUUUAAGAAGCAAUUCACUGCUUUUUUCUCAAUUAGUCCUGCAAUUGGAACCUAUCUAAUACAAGCUGAUGUGAGAAAGUGGGCUCGUUGUCAAUUUCCGGGUUACAGGUACGAUGUUAGGACCAAUAACCCUGCUGAAUCAAUAAAUUCUGCUUUGCGUUCGCCAAGAGAGUUUCCAGUUAUACCUUUGUUGGACAGCAUAAGGGAAAUGAUGACUCGAUGGUUUUUCAAACGUAGAACUUUAAGUUCUAAGCAUAAACAUCCACUGACCGUUGCUGUAGAGAAGAAGAUUGAUCGAAGGAUUGAGAAGGGUAAGACGUUUCAGGUUUUCCCAGUUAGCGAUGACAGGUUUUUGGUUCGAGGUGACACUUUUGAAUGUAUGGUCGACUUGGUCAGACGCACAUGUUCAUGUGGGAAAUUCGAUCUGAUGAAAAUCCCAUGCAGACACGCCAUAAAAGCAGCUUUCAGCGUAGGCAUACAAGCAUACACACUCACUGACAACAUGUACACCACUGCUUCAUGGAGAUCGAUUUAUGAGGAAAGCAUAAAUCCUAUUGGUGUCCCGGAAGAUGCAUGGAUUGUCCCAUCUCACGUUCAGCAAGCGAAAGUCCUUCCUCCAGAAACUAGAAGAGCUGCAGGUCGGAGAAAGAAACGUAGGUACGAGACAGUUGAAGACAAGAUCCGCUCGUCACAAGGAACUCAAACCUCUAAACGUCGUAAAUGCAGUCGAUGUGGUAUUGAAGGUCACAACCGGUCGACCUGUGAUAGAGCAAUAUAG